GUCUCUGCACCGUGCAGAAUCCGAGCCUGAUCAUUUAAAUAGAGCCUUCCUCUUUUUUAUCGCUAAAAUCGCCUGUUGGGUGCAACAUCUUUUUCUCAUUUGUUUCUUGCUGUGAAGAUGUCUCUGCUUUCAGAUCUUGUCAACCUCAAUCUCUCCGAGACCACUGAGAAGGUGAUCGCCGAGUACAUAUGGAUCGGUGGAUCGGGUAUGGACAUUAGAAGCAAAGCCAGGACUCUUCCUGGACCAGUUACUGAUCCUGCAAAACUUCCAAAGUGGAACUAUGAUGGUUCUAGCACAGGCCAAGCUCCUGGGGAUGACAGUGAAGUCAUCUUGCAUCCCCAAGCGAUUUUCAGGGAUCCAUUUAGGAGGGGCAAUAACAUUCUUGUUAUGUGUGAUGCCUAUACCCCGGCCGGAGAGCCUAUUUCAACAAAUAAGAGAUACAAUGCUGCAAAAGUUUUUAGCCAUCCUGACGUUGUUGCUGAAGAACCUUGGUAUGGUAUAGAGCAGGAGUACACCUUGUUGCAAAAAGAUGUAAAAUGGCCAAUGGGGUGGCCUCGCGGUGGUUAUCCUGGACCACAGGGUCCAUACUAUUGUGGUGUUGGUGCUGAUAAGGCCUUUGGCCGUGAUAUUGUGGAUUCUCAUUACAAAGCCUGUCUUUUUGCUGGCAUCAACAUCAGUGGUGUCAAUGGAGAAGUGAUGCCGGGACAGUGGGAAUUCCAAGUUGGCCCAGUCGCUGGUAUCUCUGCAGGAGAUGAGCUCUGGGUUGCUCGUUAUAUUCUAGAGAGGAUUACAGAGAUAGCUGGAGUAACACUUACCUUUGAUCCCAAACCUAUUGAGGGCGACUGGAAUGGGGCUGGUGCGCACACUAAUUAUAGCACCAAGUCCAUGAGAACUGAUGGAGGGUACGAAGUCAUAAAAAAAGCUAUUGAAAAGCUCGGAUUGAAGCACAAAGAGCACAUUGCAGCUUAUGGGGAGGGCAACGACCGCCGUCUCACCGGAAAGCAUGAAACAGCAGACAUCAAAAACUUCUUAUGGGGAGUGGCAAACCGAGGAGCCUCCGUUAGAGUUGGUAGAGAGACAGAGAGAAAUGGGAAAGGUUAUUUCGAGGACAGGAGGCCUGCUUCUAACAUGGAUCCAUAUGUGGUGACCUCCAUGAUUGCAGAGACCACCAUCCUCUGGCAUCCAUGAGAACAGUAUUCAAACCAUUCCCUUGUUUAAAAGGUCCAGCAUUACCAAGUUGUGCCCUCUUUUGUUCCAUUAAGUAUUUGCCUCUACUUCUUGCCUGUGUUUGGACAAGAAUAAUACAUAAAUGGGCAAAUAAUAAUUGGAAUCUUAACGUAUUAGCCUAAUAGUUAUUGGCCAUUGUUUCUUUUUGGUAUCUUUGUUUUCUUAUGUGAAUAACAUGGAACUGAAACUGUCCAUA